AUGGCCGUUGACACGUCGCCAGCGAAUUCGCCCGUGCCCACCACGGAGCUCACCAAGCUCGCAACCGAGGCAUGCGACAUGGCCCUGAAGAGCGUCGAGGAAUACGACCACUCGAAAGUCGGCUCAUGGAACUCGGAGAUCAUCAACCACAUCCUCCAAUCUCUUAUCAAAGCCACCGCUCCAUCUACACCAAACACUCCGCCUCCAUUCCGCUUCACCGUCAACAGUACCAUCGUCCAGCAAGGUCUCGUAGACAAGUCGACAACGUCCGGCGACGCCGGUAAGCGCGGUAUGCACUCUGCCUCGGGGGCUUUCUGGGAUGUCAACCGCGAUGGCAUGUGGACGUUCAAGUAUCCCGGUGGUGAGCAGCGGGGGCUGGACGUGGUCGUGAGCGUGACAUGGUUCGCGAUGGCGUAA